AUACCAACAUAUAUCAAAUAUAUUUCAAGCAAGUUGAUUAAUUUAAGGCUCAGUUUUGUAUAACUGGUAGGAUUAGAACAUAAUAUACAACAACAGUUUGUUACUAUAUUUAACCACGCAUUAAAGUUGACAUAGAACACUUAACAUCUUCUUAGCCGUAACUUAUCUGUCAACAGUAUAUUUAACGUCAACGUCAGAGUAUUCAUUUAGUCAUUCAGUGUGUUUUGUUUGUGUUUGUCUCUGGAUAGUGUUAUGUGACAGGAUUAAACGGCUAAAAUGGCACACACAGCCUGGAUACUUUUCGGGAUUCUUGUUGCCGUAUGCAACGCUCAGUUCGGAUUUAACCGGAAUGAGCAAUACAUGAACAGACGCCCGUACACGCCUCUUCGAAACCAGACGCCGCGUGUUCAGGUAAACAGACAGUCAAACCGUCCCCCAAGCCCAUUCGGUAUCAAAUCUGAGGAGAAGCAAUGCUACACGACGGCCCGUCGUUCCUUCUUCAUGACACGGAUGGUCCAUUACCCGUGCAACAGGCGCAUGCCCGGCGUCCCCGUUGUACGAUCGUUCAUGGGGAAAUGCAAACGUCAUAACAGGCCAAUGGGCCCGGUAUGCAUGAGCUACAUCCGGGAGCCUGUCUACCGGUACUUCAAGGUGCCCGUCUGCUGCCCUGGUCUCGCAGUGAACGCUGAAGGAAGAUGUGUCUCCAGUCUUCAAAUGAAUCAGACACCACGAAACUCAAAGCCACAGAUGCAAAGACCUAACAAUAACAACAUGAUGUCAAUGGCCGCCCGCAUGCGCGAAGCAAUGUGGGUCCGUGCACAGAAGGACAUGGCGAGACGCCGGGCGGCCAUGCACAUGGCCAUGAGAAAUAAGACUAUGCAGAGGAGGAGAGAGAUGGCACCACCUAUGCCCCCUAGAAGACCACACAUGGCGCCUCUUAUGCAUAUGUAUCACUUCAAUCAAAUGAUGAACCAACGUAAUUUCGAGAGACAGAGGCCCCAGCAGCCAAGAAUCACCUUCCUCAGAUUCAACAGGUCGUCAACCCCGCCCAUGCCACAUCCUGUCCAGCAGCCGCCCCUCAGUGGCCGCUUUAUCAACAUUAUCAGAAAUAGGUUUAACCCCACGUCUCCGUUCCCAUUCGUUACAAGACCGUCUCUCCCAGCACCACCGAUGUACAACAUGAUUCGGCCUCCACGUCCUAAUUCCAUGAUGGCAAGAAUAAUCCCUAGGGUAGUGCUUUCAGCCAGGAUGCUACCGAUUACAAAUCUGCGCCAAUUCACCGCAGAUCCCGAGCAGACACAGCCCAAGGAGGCGGCGACACGAGUGGUGCCUCAGGAGACACAAUACCAGGAUGUUGGGGCGCAGACGGACGGGUUCCAGCAAGAUCAGUUUCCCCAAAUCCCGGAGCCACGACAAGAAUCUCAGGAGAAUGGGCUUCAGGUGGACGGGUUCGGGAAGGAGUACAACCAAAUGGACCAGUUCGCCCAUGAGGAUGGAUUUCAUGGCUUCCAGGAACCCGCCGAAAGCAUGAUGCAAGUGGACCUUCCACAGAAGCCAGUGGAGAUGCCUGACCUCAUUGUGGAGCAGGCACCCGCCAGCAUGGGUGAGCAGGAGUCGUGCAUCGUGCAGCUUGAGACGGCGGUGAAGACUUGCCUCAAGACAAACAACAUCGACGUUCCUGACGUCAUGUCUGCCUUUGAACCCUUCAACGAGGACAAGUCACGUGUUCUCUGCCAAGCAGAGGACGCUAUUUUCAAGUGUAUUUCGGACACCCUGAACCAGUGCAGCGUGGAGUACGACGCUGCGGUGGCACGUGACAUGCUCCUGGAGACGGCACAGACCGUGAAGAGCAUGUGUGAACUGAGGGCCGUCAGCGUUCAAGUUCAAGAGCCAACCGCUGAUGUUUCAUCUGCCACACAGAUCGGGGACGUGGACACGUCUGCCACCGUCGAGAACGUCGACGCCAUCCCGACAGAGGCAAAGCCGGCUACCUCCCCAGAGAAGAAUCUGGCUGCCUCCCCAGAAAAGAAUGACAUCACUAUUAUAGAGGAGGCGCCGCGCCAGGCUGCUCCGUCCGUCGAGUCAUUCAAGACGGCCAUCGAGCAUGAGGUGCACGUGCAGGAGAUGCUCAUGCGCGAGCACCUGCUGCCGAUCCUCUUGGGCGCUGGGGUCGGUUUCAUUGUGUUGGUGCUGUUUGUAUCCCUGAUCAUCUGCUGCUGCUGCAAGCGCCGCCUCCACAAGAAGAUGAGGAUCAUUAAGGAGUUGGAAAAGCCGCCACUCAAAGACGGGAUCUACACAAUCGGUGUAUCACCACCCCACUACGAGGUGAACGGGAUCCCACCCAUGUACUAUGAGGAGGCCAAGGGCGAGAUAUUCACGUCCGCGUCCCCAUCGGUCGUCGAGGGCUCUGACCUAGCAGACGAAGCCGCAGGAAACAAUACACAAAUGUAGAGGGCAUGGGCAGAGUCGAGAACUUAAGAAUUCCGAGUUCUGCUGGUGAAUUUUUCAGUCAUACUAACAAAGAAAGAGUAAAUGCUGAUCUCUGAUCAUGAUGAAAAGUUGAGAACUAUUAUAUUUUUGAUGUGAAGUCUGCUGCUAUAUAAUCAUUAAAGUGUUUGCUUUCUAAGAAAAGCGUUCUCAGUUUUGUUUCUGGUGUCAAUAAACUUACUGCUGUAUAACAACUUCAGUCAUAUGACUCAUAAUGAGUAUUGAAAGUCCCUAAUACUCCUGAUAUGAUCUACAUGCAAAUGUACAUAGAAAUACUUUAUGGAAUAUUUUUUACAGUUUAAAAAGACAAUCUCUUACAAUUGAUCUGUACAUGUAAUCAUAAUAUGAUCUGACUGUUACAAAAUAUGAUCUGACUGUUACAAAAUAUGAUCUGACUGUUACAAAAUGAUCUUAAGGGUUGUAAAUGUGAGUGGAUGAAUAUAAUAAACAUACCACUAUAUAA